GGUUAGCAAUCGAUAUUUCCGUCCACUCUAUCGAUAUCGCUGUGUUACCUAAACAUGUCGAAGCUUUUGCCCAAAAUUCGCUCCUCCUCAAGUUUAAUCCUGCUGGCUAAGAACCAAGUUGAUAAGGCCACGUCGUGUGAUUACAAUGCCCUCCUUCUUACACGAACGCAGAAGUCCACUUUCAUGCCGGAGUCAUCGGUGUUUCCUGGCGGAGUGUGCGAUGCUUCGGACAGUUCGCCUGCCUGGUUGGAUCACUUUCAGCGAAACGAGAUUAGUGCAACUAAGCUGCGGAACAUAGGGCACGUAAGGGGGCCACGUCCGGAUAUAUUCCACACCAAGGCAGAUAAGAAAUCGCUUAAUCCUUCCCUAGCACUGCGUCUAACUGCCAUACGGGAAACCUUUGAGGAGUUGGGCAUCCUGCUGUGCAGGGACAGCAAAUCGUUUACGUCCACUAGCGGUUAUGGAAAGUUUUAUGACCAGUUUGAUCGCGUCCACUGGCAGCACAUUGUCCACAACAAUGCCAGCCAAUUCCUGGAGCUCUGUAAGCAGCUUGAUGUACUACCGGAUGUUUGGUCACUUCACGAGUGGUCCGUCUGGCGCACGCCGUCCACGUUUACGAAGCGCUUCGAGACGGCCUUCUUUAUGACUGCCCUGGAACAGGAACCCAGUGUUCACAUCGAACCCAAUGAGGUCAAGGAUUGUGCGUGGCGCUCCCCAUUGGAUUACCUUCAAGCGAGCCUAAGGAAAGAACUCUGGCUGCCGCCCCCACAAUUCUAUGAACUUUCGCGCUGCCUCAACUUCUCCUCCUUAGAUAAUCUGCGUCAAUUUGCAGCAGAGCGUGAGGUCAAAGGCAUUCAGCUGAUCCAUCCUGUAUUGUAUAAGUGUAAAAAUGGAAUUGUGCAGCUCUUGCCAGGAGAUGAAGCUUAUCCCGCCGAUCCGGAUGCAAGCAACGAUAAAAUUGAGACCGGUUUAUCAGUCGAGGAAUUCCGUUUUCAGGCGAAAACUAAAUUACAUCGAUCGGAGCACUGGAACCAGCACCAGUCCCAGUUGAUAAUUAACUUUAGCCGGGAUGAUGGUCAGGUUCAUCCACUGGAUCCAUGCAAAUUAUAGAGGACAAGCCAGUCUCCUUUAUGUCAUGUGCAUUUAUUUAGGUUUAUAAGUUGUCCGAUUAAUAAUAUUAAUAAUAAAAUAAAAUAAUAAAGUUGGUUUUUGUUUAA